GUUUACGAAUUUUAUGAAAUGAAUCAACAAAACUGUGGCCCGGAUAACUAGUUUUCUAGAUAAAUAGCGAAAUUUCGAACAAGCAAAAUGCAUUCAUAAGUAAUUCUGCACAGUUGGCACUCGGUUCGCGCAAACCGACGCGGCAAAUAACGGCUACCUAAGUAUUUAAGCGACCCAUUAAUUUGGUUGGUUGCUGCUUUGCGGUGGCAGCGGCGUGUCAUCAAAACAACAAAUAAGAGAUACCAAAUUUCUUAGCCGACGCUUAGUUGGCAUCGAAGAGAGCUGCCGAGCAAGUGUGGGCUUGGAGUUUGGGGCUCGGAAUUGUUGCCGGUCAUUAACACAGCGUAGCCGAAGGCUGCAACAACAUCAACGACAACAACAAGACGAAGACGGGCGCAAACAAAAGACAACGGCAACAACAGUAUUGACCAUUGGGUGUUUAAAUAGUAGUCGAUCAAAAUGGGUCUUCGAUUCCAGCAGCUGAAGAAGCUAUGGUUGUUAUACCUGUUCUUGCUGUUUUUUGCAUUCUUCAUGUUUGCAAUUAGCAUAAACUUAUAUGUGUCAAGCAUUCAAAACACUGACGCACAGCCGCGUCAUCCAAAACCGCCGCCCAAACGGCGAUCGCUCUGGCCGUACAAAAACAUUGUGGCCCACUAUAUUGGCAAGGGAGACAUCUUCGGCAACAUGACUGCAGACGAUUACAACAUUAACCAGUUCGAGCCUAAACAGGGCGAGGGCGCCGAUGGACGACCUGUGAUUAUUCCACCGCGCGACCGCUUUCGAAUGCAGCGCUUCUUUAAGCUCAACAGCUUCAAUAUACUGGCCAGUGAUCGUAUACCCCUUAAUCGAACACUCAAGGACUACAGAACCCCAGAAUGUCGCGACAAGAGAUAUGCUAAUAACCUGCCCACAACGUCCGUCAUUAUUGUUUUCCAUAAUGAAGCUUGGUCCGUCCUGCUGCGCACCAUUACAAGCGUGAUUAAUCGGUCACCUCGUCAUCUGCUCAAGGAGGUCAUCUUGGUCGACGAUGCUAGCGAUCGCUCGUUUUUAAAGAAACAACUGGAGGCCUACAUACAGGUUCUUGCGGUUCCAACGCGCCUGUAUCGCAUGAAAGAACGCAGCGGUUUAGUGCCUGCCCGUCUGAUGGGCGCUCAGCAUGCGAGAGGCGAUGUACUCACCUUUCUGGAUGCGCAUUGCGAAUGCUCUCGUGGCUGGCUGGAGCCAUUGCUGGCGCGAAUUCAGGAGUCACGUGAAGUAGUCAUUUGCCCAGUGAUAGAUAUCAUAUCCGAUGACAAUUUCAGCUACACUAAAACCUUUGAGAAUCACUGGGGUGCCUUCAAUUGGCAGUUAAGCUUCCGCUGGUUCUCUUCGAAUCGCAAGCGACAAACCAGCGCCAAGCCAGCGGACAGCACAGCGCCAACAGCCACUCCUGGAAUGGCUGGCGGCCUUUUCGCCAUAGAUCGAAAAUACUUUUACGAAAUGGGCGCCUACGACAGCGACAUGCGUAUCUGGGGCGGUGAGAAUGUGGAGAUGUCAUUCCGCAUUUGGCAGUGCGGUGGCCGUAUCGAGAUUAGUCCCUGCUCACAUGUGGGACACAUCUUCCGCAGCAGCACUCCGUACACUUUCCCUGGCGGCAUGAGUGAGGUGCUAACUGCUAAUCUGGCCAGAGCUGCCACCGUCUGGAUGGACGAUUGGCAGUACUUUGUGAUGCUCUACACAGCUGGACUGUCCCUCGGUGCACGCGAUAAGGUGAAUGUGACAGAGCGACUGGCGUUGCGGGAGAAACUGCAGUGUAAACCUUUUGCUUGGUAUCUGGAGAACAUUUGGCCGGAGCAUUUCUUCCCGGCGCCGGAUCGUUUCUUUGGCAAGAUCAUUUGGCUGGAUGGCGAGACGGAAUGUGCACAGGCCUACAGCAAUUAUAUGAAGAACUUACCUGGCCGAGCCUUGUCACGUGAAUGGAAACGCGCUUUCGAACAAAUUGAUAAUAAGGCCGAGGAAUUUAUGUCGUUGAUCGACUUGGAGCGUGACAAGUGUCUGCGUCCGUUGAAUAACGAAACGCCACGCACCUCAUUGCAUCCUGUUACAGUGGGCGAUUGCACAUCUCAUUCGCAGAGCAUGGACAUGUUUGUGAUUACGCCCAAAGGUCAGAUAAUGACCAAUGAGAAUGUCUGUCUCACCUAUCGUCCACCAAAGCAAGGCACUUUGAAGCUGCUUGUGAGCCGCAAUGCAACCACAUCGAAUGUUAUGCUAAUGCAGUGUGCCAUUGAGUCAAGUCAAUUGUGGACCUACGACAUGGACUCGCAACAAAUUUCGCAUCGUGAAUCGAAGCUAUGCCUUACACUUAAGUCGGCCACAAAUACGCGAACGCAGAAGACGGAGAAAGUGGUGCUAAUAUCGGAUUGUAACUUCAAGGAUAUAACACAAAAAUGGGGUCUUAUACCAUUGCCAUGGCGCAUGUAAUGCUAUCCACAAAAAUUCCCUGCCAGCGAUCUUACGCAAUGUGAUAUUUAUUGAAAUUCUUUAAUGCACCCGCCCCCACUCGUUUUUACAUAUGACACGCUGUAAAAUCCCCCCUUUUCCCAUACACACACAUCUACACACAUACACCGAGAAACGCCCACAAGAAUUGUUUGUGAAACAUUAUUAUGAAUGCAUAGGGACGUUUUUUCCCUUUGCGUUGCGACUUGAUGAAACUCUAUGCAAUUCUAUGUCAUAUUUAUUAAGCAAAUAUUUAGGCAAUUUUAAGACAACCACAAUUUGAAAGUACUUAAUACUUUUGACAUUUUAUAACAACUU